GCUAGUUCUUUAUCAAAAGAGGUAAACAUUGAUAAAAAUACACAUGUAUAACCCCUCUACAAGGACACCUAUACUACCAGUGUAAUGUUCAAUCUGCGUCAAAAAAGAGGAGUUGUUUAAGAGUUCAGAUAUGUUUGUGUUGUAAAUGAAUGCAAAGGCCACAUGUUUUGGCAUCCAGUUUUGUUGUUUUGUGUCCGAUAUCACUCCUAAAUCUAACAUCACUGAUCACAGUUACUAUGAACAACAAGUUUUGAUCUUGACAUGAAAUCAAUUAUUUUGUUCGUGACCAAGAAAGGAAAUACCCUCUAGACCAGCCAUAUUGAAUUCAGGAGCUUUUUUUAUAGAAAAAAAAUACCAUGGACCCUCAUCACAGUGCACAAGAUGUAUUACGGUGUAAUUUAUGUGAGACCCCGGGUCCAUCUAUGUCCUGUAAGAUUUGUGGCACUCAUCUGUGUAUUACCUGUGUGGGUAAACAUUUACUAGAUGAAUCAAAGGAACACAAAGUGUUGCCAUUUGAAAAGAAAGAAGCGAGUACUAAAUGUCAGAAACACUUACAGAAAAUAUGUGAAUAUCACUGUGAACAGUGCGACAUUCCAAUUUGUAAACUUUGCGUUUUCUCUGAGAAGCACCUCACUCACGAUGUAGUAGACAUUUUCGACAGCCUAGAAAGCAAAAAAUUCGCCUUAAAGACAGAUUUAAAAGAACUAGAAGAAUAUAUUUAUCCAAAAUACCAAGAAAUUAAAUCUUAUAUCCCAGUUCAAAAAGACAAAAUGCAUAAGAACUCACAAAAUUUGAAAACAGCAAUCAACAGAAAUGAAGAAAUCUGGCGUAGAGAAAUUGAAAAUAUUGUUAAGAAAUUGAAGUCAGAAAUCGAUGAAAUGGACUUAAAACAUCUGACCGUCCUUAAUAAAUGGGAGCUUGAGAUCAAAAGCACCAUUUCAGAAAUAAUUCAAAGCAUUGCUGAUCUUAAAAAGCUGCUAGCUUCUACUGAUAUCAAUCUUGUUUCUGCUUACAAUUCAAAAAAUGCAGAAUUUACAAGACUGUCAGCUAAACUCAAGGUUUCUCUACCUAACUUCACCUCUAAAAAUAUUGACACAGAACGACUUUUCGAUCAAUUUGGUUCACUGUCGGCGUACUGCAUUACAACAGAGGAACCCGAAAAAUCAGGGUCUUCUUCACUUAAACCACUGCGUAGUGUUCCACAGAUAAUCACAAGCAUAAACACACAAUACAAAGGGCACUUGAAAUGGUUAAACAGUAUUUCCUGUUACAGUGAUGAAGAAAUCUUGACUUGUGGCGAUAACAGUAAAAUCAUGAGUUUGUACAACCUGAAGGGGGAACUAAUGAAGACUAUACAGACCAAGUCAGAGAACACACCAUACGAUAUAAUGGCGAUAAAGAAUGGGGAUUUAGUAUAUGCUGAUUACAAAGACAGAACUGUGAAUAUAGUGAGAGAUAGACAGGUUAGGGCAGUGAUCAGGCUUCGGGGCUGGAAACCUCUGAAUGUCUGUUGUACCUCUGCCGGUGACCUCCUGGUUGCUAUGAACAGUGAUGAUUGUAGACAAACAAAAGUACUACGUUACAAUGGCUCCACAAUGAAACAAAGUAUUCAAUUUAAUGAUAGUGGGAAACCACUAUUUUCAACUGAAGGAAACACAAAAUACAUCAGUGAGAACAGAAAUUUAGAUAUUUGUGUGUCUGAUUACGGAAAAUGUGCAGUGGUUGUGAUUAGUAGGUCCGGACAACUCCGUUUUACCUACACUGGUUUUCCACGUAAAACAAAGGUCCAAUUAAUUCCGUGCGGUAUAACUACGGACAGCCAAUGUAGGAUCCUGAUAGCAGAUCUUAACAACGAAUGUGUUCAUAUUCUAGAUCAAGACGGAAACUUUCUCUCCUACAUUGACAACUGUAACUUACGUGCUCCAUGGGGCUUGUGCGUGGACACCAAAGACAACCUCUUUGUGGCAGAGAACCGUACAGGCAUUGUAAAGAAAAUCCGAUAUGUAGUGUAAAUAAACAAAUAUGUUUGUAUCAAGGCAUGCUAAAAAUAAGUUGGUUAUAUUCAAAUUAUAAAUUCAAAUUGCUUAUAUUAAAAAUAGGCUUAAUAUUCACAAAUAAAUAUUAUCUUUUUUUCGGUACUGGCUGAAAAGUGAAAAGAUCAAGUCUGCUAAUGUUUUGUUUAUUCUGUAUAUUAAUGUUAGAGGAAGAAAUUGACACUUGACACUUUUUAUACAAUUAAACGCUACGCGAUUUUGGUUCCGAUUGUCAUACUUCCUGACGAUAUUUUCAAGUUACGAAAAUCCCAGUGUUUUGCAAAUUGCUAAUCUAACUAAGAUAAAGGACCGCGAGGCUCAUACUCCUCCUAUCAUAUGAAAUCAACAUUCAUAUCAUUGUCAGAACAUGUUGUUUGCUGAUAUCGACACUCGAUGAUUCACUGUCAUAAUUGUUGUUUUCUAUUUCAACUAAAUACAUAUUUCAUGUUUUGCAAUAUAACCAACGUGUACUUGAUCAAAGAUGAUUUUUAGGCAAUGUAAUAUCAAAAAUAAACUUCAUUGUGCUAUUGUAAACUAGGCUUUUUAACGCAAUGAUUUUUCAACAUCGCUUUUAUUAAACUUAUAAAAUAAACUCUUUGUCUUGUUAUUCUAGGGGCUGAUGGUAUUGCUUAUUUGUUUUUCGACAUCAAAAAAAUUCCUCCGAUUAUUUUCACGCUAUAAGUAUUUUCCAAAAUGUGUACAGGUAUUGUAUAAUUGUAUUGCAUAAUUUUGUGUAAUCAAUUUGUAUGGACGAGAAC